UACAGUCAGAAACAGAGUUAAGCUGAGCAGCCACCAGGGUGGCGGAGUGGAGAGAAGCACCCAGGCUGGAGGGAAAACAAACACGGCUCAACUUCUCCACCUGGGAGUGUGCUGAGGAUUCUGACACUACCAUCCCUUCAUAAGGAAAAAAUACUCCUUUUCCUGCUUGAUGGCCUUGGUUCCUUCCAUGAUGGAGUGUUUUCAAACUGGAAUAUGAACACUCCUGAUAACUGACAACAUUUUUCAAGGGGUAUUUUACUGAUACUGCGUACUUAAGCCGCAAGUAUAUCUCUGCAAAACUGAAAAUCUUGUAAUUUGGGUAAACUGCUGCUCAGAGGGUAAACUAAGUGGCAACAAGAACAAGCUUCCUGGUGUGAGCAUGCAAUCAACUGAACAACACAUGGAUUGUCUCUUGAGGUCUGCCAAUGUUUACCUGCAGUGCAAAGUGUGAUUCUAAUUGUAUGAAGAAAAACUGAGGAGAAGUGUGUGUGUGGAGGUCACAGAGCUGGAUUUCCUAGAGAUGGAAGGUCAUGGAUAUGACCGGUUUGGAGAGAGUGACAGGGACAAUUACCAGAUCGAUUACAGAAGAAUUGUAGGAGACAUGGAGCCAGCACGGCCUCGCGUCUCAAACAGAGACGGGGAGCAGUCUCAGCACUCCUUUUUGACUCAUGCCUACCCGCCGUCAUAUGGACACGGACAUGAGACUGCAGCCCAGAGGUACAACGCUACACGGAUCCAGGCUGGAUAUGAACCAGAAAGCAUGGCGGACUACUUGAUCAGUGGAGGAACAGGUUAUGUACCAGAGGAUGGACUCACAGCACAGCAGCUGUUUUCUAUUGGAGACGGGCUGACGUACAAUGAUUUCCUUAUCCUCCCUGGUUUCAUAGAUUUCACGUCUGAUGAGGUGGACCUGACGUCUGCACUAACAAGAAAGAUCACUCUGAAGACUCCUCUCAUUUCAUCACCCAUGGAUACAGUCACAGAGUCGUCCAUGGCUAUCGCCAUGGCACUGAUGGGAGGGAUUGGAAUAAUCCAUCACAACUGCACUGCUGAAUUCCAGGCCAAUGAGGUGCGAAGAGUCAAGAAAUUUGAGCAAGGUUUCAUCACAGACCCAGUGGUAAUGAGCCCACAUCACACAGUGGGUGACGUGUUUGAGGCUAAGAGGCGCCAUGGUUUCUCUGGGAUCCCAGUGACAGAAACAGGCAAGAUGGGCAGUAAGCUGGUUGGCAUCGUGACCUCCAGGGACAUUGACUUUUUGUCUGAGAAGGACUAUGAGAAACUUCUGGAAGAGGCCAUGACAAAAAGGGAAGACCUAGUUGUUGCACCAGCUGGAGUCACGCUAAAAGAAGCUAACGACAUACUGCAGCGAAGCAAGAAAGGAAAGCUCCCCAUUGUGAAUGACAACGACGAGCUUGUUUCCAUCAUAGCAAGAACUGACCUGAAGAAAAACAGAGAUUAUCCUCUGGCUUCCAAGGACUCGCGCAAACAACUGCUGUGUGGAGCCGCCAUUGGUACCAGGGAGGACGACAAAUACAGACUGGACCUCCUCAUGCAGGCUGGAGUGGAUGUGGUGGUUCUGGACUCGUCUCAAGGAAACUCCGUUUAUCAGAUCAACAUGAUAAACUACAUUAAACAGAAGUAUCCCGAUCUGCAAGUGAUUGGAGGAAAUGUGGUGACAGCCGCACAGGCUAAAAACCUCAUAGAUGCCGGUGUGGAUGCGUUGAGGGUUGGGAUGGGCUGUGGUUCUAUCUGCAUUACCCAGGAAGUGAUGGCAUGUGGACGACCUCAAGGAACAUCUGUUUAUAAAGUUGCAGAAUAUGCCCGACGUUUCGGAGUACCAGUAAUCGCAGAUGGAGGCAUUCAGACAGUAGGGCAUGUGGUGAAAGCUCUUGCCCUGGGAGCGUCUACGGUGAUGAUGGGGUCUUUGCUCGCAGCAACCACUGAGGCUCCUGGAGAAUAUUUCUUUUCAGAUGGAGUGCGUCUGAAGAAAUACAGAGGAAUGGGCUCCUUGGAUGCAAUGGAGAAGAAUAACAGUCAAAAGCGUUACUUUAGUGAGGGAGAUAAGGUGAAAGUAGCUCAAGGGGUCUCAGGAUCAGUUCAAGAUAAAGGUUCUGUGCAAAAGUUUGUUCCUUACCUCAUUGCUGGGAUACAACAUGGCUGCCAGGACAUUGGGGCCAGAAGUUUGUCCAUUUUAAGGUCGAUGAUGUAUUCAGGAGAGUUGAAGUUUGAGAAGAGAACCAUGUCUGCUCAGAUGGAGGGCGGAGUUCAUGGCCUCCACUCAUAUUCUUUUUUGCCAUUUACAAGAAGUGGCUUCAAUGAGGCAGGAGGACGAGGAGGUAUGCGAUCAGGACCGAAUGUCCCGACCCCAGCUGCAAUGAGCCGAUGCAAUGGACUCAUGUGAAUAGAGAGUUGACACCAAGAUGAUAGAGUAUAUUUUCAAAUAUCUCUCUUUGAGUUAAAUCGGGAUAAACAGCAAGAUCAUAGAUGACAAAAAGGUCAAACUACUGGACACAUGGCUCAUCCUAUGAACUCUUCAUUUUUUUUUCAUGUUUUUGCAAUGCUAUAGGGCGGGGAAAGUUGUAAAGAAGACAUAUUUUAAUCAAUAGGCACCUUUUGAAUUUGAAAUGCAAGAGGCUCUUCUCAUUUGAAUUUAAUCUGAUAGAGAUCUGUGUAUAUUUUUUGUAGAAAAAUACCAAAGCAUUUUAUUUCAUAAAGUUCAAAUAUGCACCUCGAUUUGCAUCUACCUUACAUUGUUGACCAAAGUCUAUCUUCUACAAAAGUGUUUAUUAUUAGCAUGACAAUGCUUGGUAUUUUGUCUGUUCAGGUCAACCAUUAAAAAAGUACCUACUGACUACACUUUUCAUUGAAACACUACAGAUUUUUUAAAUACAAUUUCACCUGUUCAAUUUUUAUUACUUUACUUAUUUUGAAUUAUUACAAAGUUUUUUGCAUUAGUAUGCAUUUUAUUUAGCUUUUGUUCAAUUUGGUAAUUAUUAUCUUUGUUACCAUAUACAAUUCCAGGAACCUGUUACCUGUCUGAGGUGUGUGCAAUGUUGCAUCCAGUUGAGUUUAUUUAGCUGUUCCUCCUAAGAAUUUGGCAACAUCAUUCUUGUUCUCGUCUACAUAAAAUAAAACAAAAUUAUCCAAGUUGUAAUUAGCACUGUCAGAGCAAAAAGAAAAAAAAAAAAAAGUAUUUUGAAGUCAACAUUGUGACACUGUUGUAAAGUUUUUAUGUGUAUUUUGGUAUAUAAAGAAGAAAAUAUUUAAUUCUUACUUCUCACAGAUAGUCAAGAAUACAUUAUAAUGUACAUCUGAUCUGUAUGUUUGCAGACUAAUGAAUGUAUAAUAAUAUAGACUAGAAACACAAUGUUAAACAUAAAUAUAAAUUUUAAAAAGUACCUCUGCAAUGCCUCUUCCUAUGUUUACCUUACUUCGUUCUUUGUACUAAAAUGGAAAUACUGAAUUUAUGAGAGGAAUAAUAAAAUGUACACUAUGAACAUUAUGUGUUAAAUUGUUAAUACAAUAAUUAGCAGAAUGACAGUGUCUCAAUUAGUUCAAAAUGAAAUUAAUUCAGGCAUUUAUAGAAAGGAAAUACUUAAAAAUGUUAUUUUCCUCCACGGUAAAGCUAUAGAUCAGAUUUACAAGGCUUAAUUUCAUUGAUGAAUGUGUGCAACUUAGACUCAAUGGAACAAGUAAUUGGAAAACAAAUUUCUAACCCAUGUAAAUAAGGAUCUGAUUAAUGCAAAUUUAUUCAACAACAGAACUAUAAUUUCUGUUUAUGGAGGUUUUUGCAUCCUAUUUGCUAUUGGUAAUCAAUUGAUUACCAAUGUGGUCACUGGGUCUUUCACACGAAAUAGUCUGAAGACACAGAAGUCAGAUUUUUUUUCCAUUGAAAAAUUGUUGACAUUGAAAUGUGUAGAACAUUUAGCAUGUUUUAAUCUCAUAAACAUACAAGUAUCAGUCUUUAA